AUGUCAGUUGAGAACAGCUUCACACCAGUACAGUAUAUUUUUGUAUGUAUAUGCACUCCACUCUCUCAGCUGCGGAAGUUGUCAUGGUGUGUCAACGUAGUCGUCCUGAGUGAAGAUUUUACUUUCUUGACGACCUUUGCCGAGUCGUCACUCCAGGGCCGCCUUCUGGAGUGGGCCACGAGGCUCAUGGUUGUCACCCGCCUGCCCCUUCAGGAGCUUCAUCAGCUUCUGAAGAACUAUUGGACCUUCUCCAUGAUGAACACGAUUGUCAUUCAUGCAGGAGGAGCACCCAGGGGGCCAUGGUGUAGUGUAUAUACUUACCUGCCGUACAGUCCCGCUGGAGGGCAGGUGAAGCUAGUUGCGUCCUGGACACCCGUGAAAGGCCUUCUUCGCUUAACCGACCUUCCCUUCUUCUAUGACAAAUUUUCAAAUUUCUACGGCGCCACGAUGAACGUCACCGCUAAGGACUACAAGCCGUACUGGUUCGAGCUCAAGGAGGAGGCAGCCGACGGGUCCAAGAAGCUCACCGGGAUGGACUACCUGCUCCUUGAGACGGUCGCUAAGGCUCUGAACUUUUCCAUUAAGGUUCUCCCCAUCGCUAACUGGGCUGAGGCACUGGACAGGGUGGUGUCCAAGGAUGCCUUCAUAACUCCAGUCAUUCACGCAGUCCUACGGCAGAGGCUGAAGCGCUUCGAGUACACGAUUCCCUACACUUAUGCCUCGUACUCCCUUAGCAUGAAAAUGCCUGAACUCACUCCCCAGUGGCAGAGCCUCUACUACCCUCUGGCGGGCAUAGUGUGGGUGUCCGUGGUCGUGGUAACGGGACUGAUGAUUGUGGUCAUGUAUGUGUCCCCGCGGCGGCUGGAGCCCGGGACCCGUCGUGCUGGAGGUCGUCGGGCGCUCUUCUACCAGAACCUCUUCAAGACGCUCCCGACCACCGACCCGAGCCGCGUCCUGGUCGUCUUCUGGCUGAUCUUCGCCUUCGUCGUCGGGACGGCUUAUCGCGGGAACCUCACGCCGCCCUCACGCUGCCCAAGUACCGCUGAAGCCAGAGACACUGUCAGAGGUGGUGAGAGGUCGUGCACAAUUACAAUCGAACCCUGGGGGAAGGAUUACAAGACGUUCUUCAAGGAGUCGGGCACUGAAGUCUUCAUGAAACUCGCUGACAUGAUGGAACUCGGACCUGCUCUUCUUGACGGCCUCCAGGAAGCUACAGAAGAUGCAUCAAUGGUUCCUAAACUUGUGGCCAUGUAG